UGCUUAUAGCAGUCGGUUGUUGGAAGUGUCGUAGACGGUGAGACGAAGCUUGGAGCUGAGUACGGCCGGAGUCGUGGAGCUCCAUGCGGGAGAGCGUGGCGGCUAGAUGCGGGAUCGUGAGUGUGGAAACUCGAUGAGGCCAAGAGUGUGGUAGCUCCAUGCGGUCGUAGUUUGCCGUCUACUGUGUUGAAGCUGAAGCGUCUUGGGGUCGGUUGGAACUGAAUACACUGAGUGAUGUUUACUUUAAUUAAGGAAGAGGAAGUAUGCGAAGAUUCUUAGUCUACUGGGCGAGCUAUGGGUCGUACAGCACGCUGGAGGUGGUGGUGGAGCAGAUGGAGGAAGGUGUUUGGCCCGUCUCUGUUGAUCCUGGUGGCACUCUCUCUCACUCUCUCCCAGCUCCAGGCCCCACCAGGAGGCGCGAGGGAGCGGAGUGACAGGACCCGACGCCAGGUGAGGCGAGUGUGCAAGUCACUCAACGUGUCCACUAAGGUCACUCAGGACCACCUCAGGAACAUCCUCGUCGACGACGCCCGCGGCAUCCUCUACUGCAGUGCCCACAAGGUGGCAAGCAGCAGCUGGAAGCGUUCUUGGCUUCAACUUACCUCGUCCACCUUCAACGCCUCCCGCCUCGCCACCAUCUCCAGGCACACCACUCAUCUCCUGACGCAGCAGUUCAUGCUGGUGCAGCCCAGGUUUGAGGACGUGUGGCCGGACAUGCUGGCCUCCUACAGGAAGUUCCUGUUCGUGCGAGAGCCGCUCCACAGGGUGGUGUCAGCCUAUCGGGACAAGCUAGAACAUCCCACCGAUAUGGAAGAUUUGGAAAUUUCUCCUUACAUAAAGAAAUUAAUAUCUGAAAAGUUUGGGACGCUGCCGACACAGGUUGAGGAGGGAGUGAGUUUUUCGGACUUUGUUAAGCUCAUAAAUCAUCAGAAGGAAGAGGAGUCCAUACCCUGGGACUCCCACUGGCGUCCCAUCCAUCAGAUGUGUAAUCCUUGUGGCAUCGAUUACGACUUUAUCGGCAAGGUUGAGAGCUUGCAUGAAGAUUCGACUUACGUGUUAAAAUGGCUUGGUGUUGAGAAAAUUGUCGAGAAAUUUCCCGUCCACAGCAGAAGCACGGAGGCUGACCGACUGGCCAUCCACUACCUACAGGGCCUCGACUACUCCCUCAGGAAAGAGUUCCUGGAUCACUACCUCCUCGACUAUCUCAGCUUUGAGUACGACCUUGUGUGAGGAUACCCACAUGCGUACUGGGUACAGCUAUUGCUUGUGAUCCAUGUAUUUUAUUUAUAUAUUUUACUGUAUUGUAAAUAAUGUACAUUUUUGUAAUGCUCACGAUAGAAUUUGCACUUAUAGAUGUACAAGAUGAUAGUGAUUAUUUAAGAUAGAUUUGGUGUAACAUGUUUAAGAAAGUUACGGUAUCCAUGAACUACUCAUCCUCUACCCUAACUACUAAUAUUGAACAGGAGCUUC